CCCUCUCGGAUCCUGCUGCCAAGGAGAACUGCAUGAUGCACCUUCUCCGCUCGCUGCCUGACCCCAACCUCAUCACUUUCCUCUUCCUGCUGGAGCACUUGAAAAGGGUAGCGGAAAAGGAGCCCAUCAACAAAAUGUCCCUCCACAACCUGGCCACAGUCUUUGGGCCAACACUGCUGAGACCCUCGGAGGGGGAGAGCAAAGGACACCUCACCCUGGCCUCCGACAUCUGGUCCCACGACGUGAUGGCCCAGGUCCAGGUCCUCCUCUACUACCUGCAGCAUCCUCCCAUCUCCUUCACUGAGCUGAAGCGCAACACACUUUAUUUCUCCACGGACGUGUAGCCUGCAGGGAGGAGGCACCAGCUGCAAACACUCCCAGCUCCCUGCUGGGGGCCAUGGACCGGAUCAAGGCCCCCAGGGAGAUCGGCCUGGCCCCAGGACGGUGCCGCCUGCAGCUCCUGUACAAUCGCAUACCGACGGCUCGGUCCCGCCCCAGGCGCCGUGCCGCUCUGUAAAGUAGUCGUGUCUUAUGUCC